UGCGCAUGUUCGGGAAUGUGCCUGUCGUCUAUAUUCCCGUUGCGGUCUAGAGCAAACUGCAGACCACGUUUUGUAUGCAACUCACAACUGCCUAGCGUCUACCCCAGGUCGCCUCUGGUUGUAGCUCCAGCCUUCGAACAGCAGAUGGCGAGACGGACUGCCUGCCUCGAUGUGGCUGGAGGGCGGCGCUGUAGCGUCUCUCCAACUCUUGAGAUUUCGGUCGCUCUGUCCUUCCCGACGCCACUCGGUGGCAAAAGGCACGCGUGCGUCAGGCCGCACGCCUCUCUUCCCCCUCCCCCUCUCUGUCUCCUCUGCUCUGCCGGCAGCUCUUCAACUUUGCCCCUCACCCCGAGAAUGUACGCCUGCGCCAAGUUCAUCUCUACUCCUGCCCUUGUGAGGAGCAGCUCUCAGGUGCUGAGUAGACCAUUAUCUGCAGUGGUACACAAACGGCCAGAGGUUCGGACAGAUGAGAACCUCAGCAUUUUGGCAGCAUCAGGUCCCUUGACCUCACUUGUCCCCAGAUGUGGAUUCCAAACUAGCGCCAUCUCAAGGGACGUUGACACAGCAGCCAAGUUCAUCGGGGCUGGGGCUGCCACUGUGGGGGUGGCCGGCUCUGGAGCUGGGAUUGGGACUGUGUUUGGAAGUCUCAUCAUUGGUUAUGCCAGGAACCCCUCCCUGAAGCAGCAGCUCUUUUCCUACGCCAUCCUGGGCUUUGCCCUGUCUGAGGCCAUGGGGCUCUUUUGCCUGAUGGUGGCCUUCCUCAUCCUCUUCGCCAUGUGAUGGAGCCAUUUCUAUCCCCCAGUGUUUCUGAACGUUCCUCCUCGUCAUCCUGGUCCUUCCAUGUCUCUUCCAGCCUGUGUAUACCUCCCCUUCCAUCUUACCAGGCAGCCCUGGGGAAAGCCGUGGGUCAGGGUUUGACAGAGGGAAGACAAAUAAAUACUGUAUUAAUAAGCUGUU